AUGCCUGGCCACCUCCUGUCCACAGCGGGUAUCACUGAACAAGAGCUGGACGUAGUCGAACGGCGAAUUCAAUUCAAGCUACCCAAUGAUUAUCGCUGCUCCCUUCGCAUACAUAAUGGGCAACGCCUUGUCGUUCCUGGCCUAAUGGGCAGUAUGGCUCUGUCCAGUCACUACCGCUCCGAAGACUUGUUAGACAUUGACACGGCCGCAGGGGGUUUCCAACAACGCAAAGGUCUGAAGCACUGCCUCCCACUGACGUUCUGUAUUCACACAGGACUCAGCCAGUACAUGGCACUGGAUGAGGUGGAGGGCCGAAAAUGCUCUGAAAUCUUCUACCAUUGUGUGGACCAGAUGGCUUCUGAUCCCUCAGCAGUCGACAUGUUCAUCACAGGCUCCUCAUUCACAGAAUGGUUUACCACCUUUGUUCUCAAUGUUACAUCAGAACGGUAUCCCAUCAUCCGUGAUCAGAUCUUCCGGUACAUCCAUGAUGAGAAAUGUGUGGCUCAAACGGGUGACAUCAUGAUAUCGGUGUCCACCUCUUUCCUUCCAGAGCUGAGCUCAGUGCACCCGCCCCAUUACUUCUUCUCCUACAGGAUUAGGAUAGAAAUGGUGAAGGAUGCCUCACCAGACAGUGUCUGUCAGCUGGACAGUCGUUACUGGAAGAUAACCAAUGAGAAUGGAGAUAUCGAGGAGGUCCAGGGUCCUGGAGUCGUUGGUGAAUUCCCAGUUCUGCACCCUGGUACUGUGCAUGAGUAUACCAGCUGCACCACAUUCACCACGCCCUCAGGUUACAUGGAAGGGUACUACACCUUCCACCAACUCUCCAGGCACAGGAACAGCUUCAACAUUGCUAUUCCAAGGUUCUACAUGGUGUGCCCUCCAUUCCGAGCAUCAACUGCCUACCAGAUUGGGAGCAGUCCGGAUCCAUCAAAUGGUGACAGUCCUGCGUCAGACAGCAGUAACCUGCAGAAUCCCAAUCUCUUUGUAAAUUUCCCUCCUGCUUUGGGUCGAUGUCCACGUCAUACCUGAAGUGAAUGUUCCACUUGUGCUCUGCAGCGGAUUUCAUUUCGGUUUUGACUGUGGGCCUCAGAAGGUUCUUUCCAACAAGCUGCAAUUCUGCUUUGAUUGAAGAUUGUCAGCAGUGAAAUCUCAGAUGGACUGUCGCAUAUUUCCCCUUGGUGGCAGUAACUCAGCACUUCCCAUCCUUUAAUCUUUCAGAUUUCAUGGUAAAAUUUCUUGGAUGAAUAGAGUAAAUAGCCCUACUGAGGGCUGUCAUUUAUCUCUCUGAUAAUAAGAUGUUGGAUUAAAAUGAGUGAAGAAUCA